AGCACUAAAGAUAAAUCUGGCGGUCCCAGCGCGCGCGCGCGCGGAGCCCGCGGGCCACACCCGCCUCCUAGCAACCGGACGCCAGGCUCAGCCUAGGGAGAGAGGAGGCCACCAUGGACCAGCCAGCCGUCGCCACCGCCUCCACCACACUAAGGAAGGACCUGGUGCGUGGAGAAUCGUUCAUCACAGCCUCGAAACCAGCCCGAAAGACUUCCUCUUUUGAAAGAGAAGGAUGGUGGAGAAUAGCAUUAACAAAUACUCCUAUACCUGGCACUUACCACUUGAAAACUUUUAUUGAAGAAUCCCUGUUAAAUCCAGUGAUAGCAACCUACAAUUUUAAAAACGAAGGAAGGAAAAAACCACCUCUUGUGCAAAGGAACAAUCCAGUCCUAAAUGAUCUUCCGCAGUAUAUGCCUCCUGGCGUCCUGGACCUGUUAAAGAAGCAAGCGGCUACUUACUCAUUCAAAGACAAACCACGGCCAAGCCCCAGCACACUAGUUGACAAAGAUCAGUCACUUCAGCUUUCUCCGGGACAAUACAAUGUGCUUCCUGCACCGGUUCCCAAAUAUGCUUCCAGGAGCUGUGUAUUUCGCUCAACAGUUCAAAGAUUCCCAACAACCUAUUUUAUUCCUCAUGAAGGCCCUGGUCCAGGUGAUUAUAAUGUGAAAAAACCUCCAACAAGCUCUAUCACUUCUUGUUUUCAAUCCAGAGUCCCUCGAUUCUUGCCCAGCCGUUCAAAAACCCCAGGCCCGGGAGCAUAUACAACUUUAAGACAAUUCCCUAAGCAGUCUCCGACCAUAGCCAAAAUGGGCCGAGAACAUAGCCUUUUCUUCAACAACACAAUUGGCUUUUAAAAUAAAGCAAUCUUGGCACCAA